UUCACUUUGCACGUGUUGAGCGCAUAAACAAAUUGAAUUUGAGGACAGCUAUGCCGCCGGACAUCGAGAUUAUUGUUGGCACCUAUGAGGAGUUUCUGCUGGGCUACCAGCUGGUGGCGCCGGAGGACGCCUCCCAGGACGAAAGCCAGUUAAAACAAACUUUUGCAGACAAGUCACACGCCGGCUCCAUCAAAUCUGUGGCAGUUCAGGGCCCCUGGGUGGCCAGUGGUGGUAGCGAUGACCGCAUCUUCAUCUACGAUAUGCGGACACGAAAGCAGGCCCAAAUCUUGUUGUCGCAUGCUGGCACAGUGAACACCCUGGUCUUCUCCCCGGACCUGACGCACUUGCUCUCGGGCAGCGCCGAUGGACACAUGAUUGCCACGCGCGUGGGCAGCUGGACCACAGAGGGAGACUGGCGCAAGGCGCACGCGGGUCAGUCGGUUAGUCACAUCAGCUGCCACCCGAGCAGCAAGUUGGCCCUUUCCUUGGGUGGAGAUCUGGUACUUAACACUUGGAACCUGGUCAAGGGACGGGUGGCCUACAAGACCAAUCUGAAGAGCAAGCGUACGCUGGGUAGCAGUCCGGAGUGCCUUUCGUGGUCAACGAGCGGAGACCAUUUCACCUUGAGCGGACCUUUGCUCCUAGAGGUUUGGGACAUUAAAACCGCCAACGUAGUCAGGCGCGCCAAGACGCCUUCGAAGCCGAUCUGCGUCGGCUGGCUGAACAAAGACGACUGCCUAGUGGGUUUGGAAAACGGGAGCAUUGCCUGGAUUUCUAUAAAAGAUGAAACAGAAGCGGCGCCAAAGGUAAUUCCUGCCCAUGCAGCUCGUGUUAAGGACUUGGCCUAUUUAAAUGGAUAUGUAGCCACCGUUUCCAGCUCUGGUGAGCUCAAGGUCUGGAAAGUCAACGUAGAGAGGCGCGAGCUUGAGGAGAUUGCCAGCACAAACAUUGACUGUCGCCCCACCAGCUUGGGACUGCUGGAUCUCAGCCAGUUUGGAAACGCGCGUCCUCAGGAGCAGCGCAUCAAGAUAGAGGCCAAAUCCAAGGGAAAGGCUGAGAGCAGCGAUGCCGCCAAGCCAGCAGCACCCCGAGGAUUCGUUACCAUAGAAUAUGAACAGGACGAGAAGCAGGAAACAAAAGUAGAAGCCACUCCCAAGAGUACAAAUAAACAGAAACAAAAGAAGCAAAAGCAGCCAGCACCACAGGAAUCCUCUGAGGAAACUGACUCGGAGGAGGAAGACGACAGCGAUGAUUUCUUCGAAGAUAGUGAUGGCUCCAGCGCCGACGAGAGCAGAAAGAGAAGGCCACAGAAAAGGAAGCAGCCAAACGCGUCCUUCUCCUCCAAGCGGAAGCAGACCAAAAAGAAAUAAUUAAAACUUAAUACUUUAAUAAAAUUUAAACAAU